GGCGUGCCCUUCAGAAUUCGUCAUUCCUUUGGCCAAAUUUCGGAAAUCCGUAUAUGGAACCCAACUCUCAAUUGGUAUGAGGUUUGGAAUGAUGUUUGAAACGGAGGAGUCGGGUAAACGCAGAUAUAUGGGUACAAUUGUUGGCAUAAGUGACUUAGAUCCACCAAGGUGGCCUGGUUCCAAGUGGCGCAGUCUUCAGGUGGAGUGGGAUGAGCCUGGUUCCGGUGAUAAGCAGAACAGAGUUAGUCCUUGGGAAAUUGAGACCCCUGAAAGUCUCUUCAUGUUUCCUUCUCUUACUUCAGGUCUUAAACGACCUUUACAGUUGGGGGCACAAGCUGAUUGGGAGAAUAUGAUAAAUAGGCCUUUCAUUCGUGUCCCUGACAUUCUAAAUGGGGAUCUUGCAUAUCCCUCUAUUUCAAGCAUCUGGUCAGAAGAACUAAUCAAGAGGCUGAUAAAACCUCAAAGUGUUGACCAUCCUGGAAAAAUUGCACCUGCUAUACAAGAUCCCACUUUGAAGGCUGCUCCAUCACAAGAGGCCAAGAUUUUGAUGCAGCCAGCGAUCAAGCAGAAGCUUCAGCCCUCAGAAAAUAUGCCUCCACAAAGUGCACAACAUCCUCAAUUCCCAGUUGACCGACCCAAUACGAUAAAUCCAAACUUUCCGCUACAAACAAAUCUACCAAGGAAACUGCAACCUCCAAACAAACUUGGAAACCAAGCAUCAUCUGGAACUAACACUGACAUGAAUAACUCAGAACUUAUACUGGCAGCAGAUCAGUUAAGCCAGAUUACAUCUUGUGUGGGACAAUGCAAUGAAGACAAAUUGGGUGUGAAACCUAUAAAUCCACAUAGCCUCAUUAAUGAGCUGGCAUUCCUUGAUCAGAACCAUGGUUCAUCGCAAUUGCAGACAAGUUCAUGGCUUACGCAGGCACAGUUGGAUGCCAAUAUCCUUCCCACUGAACAAAUUGAUGCAUCACAACUAGAAUCUGCUACUCUUAAUGGUUUAUUUCAAUACUCUGACACUAUUGAAUGGAAUGCAUAUUCUUCCACAAGCCAGUCUCUUGCCGGAUCUUUUAGAUCACUUGAAUCUUCAAUAGGUCAUGAAAUGUGGGAUCAUCAAAUGAAUAAUUCGAGGUGUUUGUCCCAAUCAAACCAUCUUGUUCCACUACCUCAGCAAGACCUACCUAGCUUUCAUGGCACAUCUAAGUUCAAUAAUUUCAAAGAUUUGUCAGAUGAGAGCCAUAGUCAAAGUGAUAUAUACAGUUGUUUUAACUUUGAUGGUAGUAGUGGUGGAAGCACUGUAGUUGAUCCUUCUGUUUCAAGUACGGUAUUGGAUGAGUUUUGCGCACUGAAGGAUGCCGAUUUCCAAAAUGCUUCAGAUUAUCUGGUGGGCAACUUCAGUUCAAGCCAAGAUGUUCAGUCGCAGAUAACAUCAGCCAGCCUAGCAGACUCUCAGGCUUUCUGUGUGCAAGAAUUUGCUGAUAACUCAGGUGGUGCAUCUUCAAGGAAUGUGGAUUUUGAUGACACCAGCCUUUUGCAGAACAGCUCAUGGCAACAAGUAACUCCACGGGUGCGAACCUACACAAAGAUACAGAAGGCAGGAUCUGUUGGAAGGUCAAUUGAUAUCUCGAGUUUUAAGAAUUAUGAUGAACUAUGCUCUGAAAUUGAACGGAUGUUUGGACUUGAGGGGCUGCUCAACGACUCAAGAGGUUCGGGAUGGAAACUGGUGUAUGUGGAUUUUGAAAAUGAUGUUCUUCUUGUUGGAGAUGAUCCUUGGGAGGAAUUUGUUGGCUGUGUCCGGUGCAUCAGAAUCCUAUCGCCAGCUGAAGUUCAGCAGAUGGGUGAAGAGGGAAUGCAGCUUUUAAACAGCACAAUGCAGGGGAUUAAUAGUUCAGUAUCAGAAGGUGGCCGUUGGGAUGCCCCCACUGAAUUGCUAUACCCUCAGAAUGCUUGCUUACUGCCUGAUUUUG